GAAAAUAAAGAAGCAACCACAAACAACAAAAAGUUAAAAGAAGAACAGCUGCCUGCCUAUAUGGGAAGAGUGAAUGGAGUGAGAAUCAUGUGACAUAUGCCACUCUCUCCCUUACCCGCCGAAUCAAAAAAGCCACAAACUUUCUGUAUAUCCCAACCAAUUUGCAACCACCCUUUUGUUGUUUUGAGCUCUCCCUCUCACUCUUUCCUUUGGUUUUGGGUUUCCAAUGGCUUCAAGUGCUUCCAAGUUCAUCAAGUGUGUCACUGUUGGUGAUGGAGCUGUGGGCAAGACCUGUAUGCUCAUUUGCUACACCAGUAACAAAUUUCCCACUGAUUAUGUUCCCACAGUGUUUGAUAACUUCAGCGCAAAUGUGGUGGUUGAAUCCACAACAGUGAACUUAGGCCUCUGGGACACAGCUGGGCAAGAAGAUUACAAUCGACUAAGGCCAUUGAGCUACAGAGGGGCAGAUGUCUUUGUCUUGGCUUUCUCUUUAGUUAGUCGUGCCAGCUAUGAGAACAUACUGAAAAAGUGGAUCCCUGAACUGCAGCACUAUGCUCCUGGAGUCCCAGUAGUACUUGCUGGCACCAAACUAGAUCUUCGAGAGGAUAAGCACUAUUUAGCUGAUCACCCAGGGUUGGUACCUGUUACGACUGCACAGGGAGAGGAGCUGCGGAAACAGAUUGGUGCUGCAUAUUAUAUAGAAUGUAGCUCAAAAACUCAGCAGAAUGUGAAAGCAGUUUUUGAUGCUGCUAUCAGAGUGGUUAUCAAGCCACCACAGAAGCAAAAGGAGAAAAAGAAAAAACCACGUCGAGGAUGUCUAGUCAACAUAGUCUGUGGGCGAAAGCUAGUGUGUCUCAAAUGAAAACACCAACUCAGAUAGCUGCCAUCUUGAUCAUGACUUACGUGCCACUUCUUGAAGGCUCUUCACCCUCAAGAUGUUUGGAUCCUGUGAAUUCGAUGAUUCAUUCCUUUUAUUUCCCAGAUAUUUUUGUAUUUCAUAAUCCACCAUAGAGAUAUCAAGAAAACGUGUACACUUUUAGCACCGAUACCGUGUUUAAAUUUACUAAUCUAAAUUUAUAGGCUUUGAACUUGCAUCAGU